ACUCAAUAAUAACUAAUUUAGUAAAUAGACAAAGAAAUCAACAUGGCUGAUUCGAAGAUGAAGCUCCACUGUGGCUUCUUGUUUGGAAAUUCGGCAGCUCUCUUUUGUAUCAAUGAGAAAGGUCUUGACUUUGAGCUGGUAUUCGUAGAUUGGCUUGCUGGUGAAGCCAAAACCAAAACUUUUCUCUCUACUCUCAACCCAUUUGGUGAAGUCCCGGUUCUUGAAGAUGGAGAUCUCAAACUUUUCGAACCAAAGGCGAUCACGCGGUACCUAGCCGAGCAAUACAAAAACGUUGGAACAAAUCUAUUACCAGAUGAUCCCAAAAAGAGAGCAAUCGUGUCGAUGUGGAUGGAAGUAGAUACCAAUCAAUUUCUUCCUAUAGCAUCAACACUCAUCAAAGAACUCAUCAUAAAACCAUAUCAAGGUUUAGCCACCGAUGUUACAUCAGUUCAAGAAAACAAAGAAAAGUUAUCAGAGAUUCUGAACAUCUACGAGACUCGUCUAGGCGAGUCUCCUUACUUAGCCGGUGAUAGCUUCACUUUAGCGGAUCUUCAUCAUCUUCCGCCGAUUGAUUACUUGUUGAACACGGAAGAAGAAGAAUUGAAAAACUUGAUCUAUUCACGUCCCAAUGUAGCCGCAUGGGUAGAGAAAAUGAAGAUGAGACCAGCUUGGCUAAAAACAGUCGUCAUGAAAAAUCACAUCGUUGACUUGAUGAAGCAACGUCGUUUGCCUAUAAUGUUAGAUUCAUCGUGUCAUGAGUUAACUGUUGUCGCUCAGAAAACAGCGGACAUGAUUAAAGCCGCCAUGGAUCUCGGUUGCUUGGAUUUGGGAUGUCUUUCUGACAAGAAAAGCGGCGUCGGAUUUUCCGAUCAUCUUGAAUGUUCGUCUUCACCUUCGAAACUCGGGAAGACUAAAUCACCAAGAGAGACAUCAGCUCUAAGAAAAUCACAAUCAAAGAGGUCUUCUCAACGUAAAACCUCAUCACCUCUUGGCUGGUUCCCGCGAAGAAAGGGGGAUUCCUACUUGAAUAGGAAGAUCAAGAAGCUACAGGAGGUCGGUGGAAUGAAUCAGACGCUUGAUGAGACUCUUGGCGACUCGAAUCCACACUACUGCAAAAUUGUAAGAGAACAAAUGGCUGUGAGAGAGGCUGCGGGUAAGGCCAUGGAGCUUCGCAAGGCUGCACUGGUUGAAGCAUCUUGGUGUAGAAUACUUCGAGCUGCUAGGAUUCCAAGUUUAGAAGCAGAAACUUUGAUGGAGAAUGCAGAAAAGGCUGCGGUGGAAGCUUUUGAAGCGGCAUCUGCGUUGGGAGUCAUAAUGCAUGAUAAACCAAAUAGCUCGAGAAAACAAUAUCGAAUUGAAACAUCAGGAACACAUGGAAGGGGAUCUCCUACUCAUACGGUUACAGCAUCUUUUGAAACUGCAUUUGAUGUAGAUAAAGAAGUAGCAGCUGCUGUUAAAACUGCAUUUGCUAGGCUUGCAAAUUGCCCCUCUCUCAGUAAAGCUGAGUUUAAAGACCUUCUGAAGAAAAUCAGCGAGAAUCCUGAUGUGCGUGAUAAUCAUGAGAUCACUGAGAUAUCUUCAGAAUGCGACACAGAGUCCGAUUCUGAACUUGGCAUUCUCCACAAGGUUGAUGAAGAAGUGUCUGAAUGUGAGGAGACUUCGUAUUUCAAAAUGAGACAGCUAAAAGUCAAGAGGCGGCAGUCCUUUGGGAAGUUUAGCAGAGAGAAGCUUCUGGAUAUGAUGCUUGAGAGGCUUCAGGGCCUACAAGAAGAUCAACUUUCAAGUCUUGCCUCUGUAGUUGCUACUUGUGGUUUAAAUGAGGCCUUGGCUGAAGUUGGUAGCCAGAGGGGGCAGACCACAAGCAUCGAACCAACUGUUUCAGAUACAAGAUCAAGAAGAGAUUCUAAAUUCGGGUCCUUAACGGAAGGAAAAACGACAAGGGAUGGCACAGAGACAGAAAUUCCAAGUUUGGACAAGUAUCUAGUUAAGCACAUGACCAAAUUAGAAAGAGAAGUGCAUGAAGCCAAAAGGGCUUCAAAGGAAGUAUCUGAUAAAAACAAAAAGGUUCCUCAAGGUGUUGCAAGUGAUCCUGUUCCGGAUUUGGGAAGCAUCCUUGUGAAACAUUCAUCAAGGCUUGAGAAGGAGAUCGAAGAAGCCAAGACGAACGCAGGAGUGAAUUUUGGAAAGUACCAAAAGACUUCAAGCAGAAACAAAACGCCAUUGGAUCCUAUCCCGGACUUGGAAAGCUUGCUAGUGAAAAAGCAUGCUUCGGGAUUGGAGAAGGAAGUUCAAGAAACUUUAAAGAACUGCGGAAAAAUGUAUGAAAACGUGAAGAAACCGGGAAGAAAAGAUAGUUUGUCUGAAGUUCCAAGCCUGGAUAGCUGUCUGGUAAAACAUGUCUCCAAGCUAGAGAAAGAAGUCCAAGAAGCAAAGAAGAGGAGCAAAGAAGAUCUUGAAGCAAAAAAUUUAGAAAAAGUUUCAAGUGAGUUGACAGAAGAAUUGGGAAAAGAAAACGUAGACUCGAACAAUAAUAAUGCUGAGGGUCAAGAAGAAAGUUUAGACAAGAUCUUAGUAAAGCCGGUUCACAGAUUAGAAACAGAAAAAAUUGCAUCGGAAGCAGUUUAUGGAAACCGGAGGAUUCAGAAGAGAAAACAAGCAGCAAACACAGAGUCAGGUUAUGAGAGUUUGGACAAAAUUCUGGUGAAACAUGUUCCCAAGCUGGAGAAGGAGAAGCUCAGGUUCAAAGCUGGAGUAGAAGAGACGGAAAACUCAAAGAACAAUAAUGAAGAUAGCUUGAACCAAACACUGGAAAAACAUAACCAGGGACCCGAAAGCAUGAAGAUGGCAAAACCGAGUUUUACCAGACAACAAUUGAGGGAUAGAGAACUACAAGAAACUUGGGGUGGUUUAGGCCUUGGGGAGUCAAAGAGCAAUAACCAGAAGAGACCUGAAAGCAAGAAAACAGAAACUACUGAGCAUUUGGGAGAAGGGACAAGACCGGUGCUAACUAGAAGACAAGAGAGGGACAAAGAAAUGCUAGAAGCUUGGGGUGGUUUAGGACUUGGGGACUCGAGCUUGUACCAAACAGUUAAUAAGCAUAAAAGGAAACCUGAAAGCGAGAAGAUGGAGACAGCAGCACCAUUGUUAACAAGAAGACAAGCAAGGGACAGAGAAAUGCAAGAAGCUUGGGGUGGUUUAGACCUCGGAAACUCGAUUCGGCCGAGUCUGUCGAAACUCGAAAGAGAAAAGGCUGCAUGGAUUAAGGCAGAGAAAGAGGAAACGACUCGAGGAAGCUAAAUCCAAAACCCAAUCAUCUCCUUGGAAUCUUCUCCACCAAUCGUAACCAACAGUUCCAGUCUUCAGAAACUUCCUCUCAAGGACAAGUCUACAGGCCCUGUGACUAAAGAGGAUCUCGGGAGAGCUACAUGGACAUUUCUUCACACUCUUGCUGCGCAGUAUCCAGAAAAACCAACAAGGCAGCAAAAAAGGGAUGUUAAAGAACUGAUGGCGAUACUUUCUCGAAUGUACCCCUGUAGAGAAUGUGCAGAUCACUUCAAAGAAAUCCUAAGAUCGAAUCCCGCACAAGCUGGAUCUCAGGAGGAAUUCUCGCAGUGGCUUUGCCAUGUACACAACACCGUAAAUAGAAGUUUGGGGAAGUUGGUGUUCCCUUGCGAGAGAGUGGAUGCAAGAUGGGGCAAGUUAGAGUGUGAGCAGAAAAGUUGUGAUCUCCAUGGAACUUCAAUAGACUUUUAGACCCAUUUAUUAACUACUUUAUAUUUGUAUGGAUAAUUUGUCAUUUAUGAAAUUUAUAUCAAAAGAAAAGGUAUAUAUUGAUCUAUUUACAAUCUUUUUCUACGAUAUUUGAGGUCAAGAAAGACUCAGAAAAAUA